AUGUUACAAUUCAUUACAAAUUUAUAUUAUAAAUAUAUUGGAAGAAACACUGAAUAUUAUGAUUGGUUUUUAAUUAAUAUUAUAUUACAUCCUCAAAAUGUAUAUGAAAGUUGUAAAUAUCAACAUAGUUUAACACAACAAUGGAAUAGAAGGGAUCAUGCAAUUACAAAAAUUGUAACUUUAUUUAAUAUUAUUUUAUCAUUUAUUUUCUCUAUAACAUUUGUUUCACUCAGAUGGAUUAUUCCUUAUAUUCUUUUUGAUGUUAUUAUUCCAAUGAUUAUUGGUAUUAUAAUAGCUGUUAUUCUGUUCUAUUUAUGUAAAAGUUCUUUUACAACGGGGGAUUCAUUUACUGUACGAUAUUCUUAUGACAUUCAUAUUAAUGCAUAUUUCUGUUAUUUAUUAGUAUCACAUGUUGUUAUAUUUAUAUUAUCACCUUUUCUUUUUAAACCAACAUUAUCAGCAACAUUAUUUAGUAAUAUAAUUACUUGUUUAUCUAUUAUUUAUUAUAUUUAUAUCACUUAUUUAGGAUAUGCAAUUUUACCAUUUAUUUAUCUUCCAAAGAAAGUUUAUAUUAUUCCAAUGUUAGCAGUAAGUGUUUUAUUCAUUUUAUUUACUUUCCUUAAUUUAAAUGUUGCUCUUCUUCUUCUCUAA